AUGGGGGCAGCCCUGGGGGUCUCCCUGGCCCCACACCUGCUCCUGCUGUUGGUCCCAGGGGAUUCGGGCUCCCCCCGGCGCCGGGGGCUCCUGCGGCUCCUGCUCAGCUUCGCCGCGGGGGGGCUGCUGGGGGACGCCUUCCUGCACCUCAUCCCCCACGCCCUGGCCCCCCACGAGCACCACGAGGGUCACGGCCACUCCCACCACGGGCACGGCUCCUCGGUGUCCGUGGGUCUGUGGGUCCUGGCCGGGAUUGUGACGUUCCUGGCCGUGGAGCUGGGGGUCAGGCACUGCGGGGGACACGGACACGGGCACGGUCCCAAGGCCAAGCUCAGCUCCAGCGAGGACGAGGCCGAUGGGGACACCCAGGGGGCCACCAGGGCCACCCCCAGGGCCACCAAGGCCACCCAGGGGGCCACCAGGGACACCCAGGGGGCCACCAGGGACACCCAGGGGGCCACCAAGGCCACCAAGGGCCAGCACAGGAGGAGACAGGACGGGGACAGAGCCGUCCCUCCCAGUAACCCCCAGUAUCCUUUCCAGGCCAUGCUCCUGCAGCUGCUGACGGCCGUGGCCGCUCUGGCCGGCGCCGCCUGCUCUUUGCUGGCCGAGGGUUCCGGUACCGGAGCCGUGACCGGGAUCCUUCCCUUCACCGCCGGCGGUUUCAUUUACCUGGGCACCGUUUCCGUGCUCCCCGAGAUCCUCCGCGAUUCUGGGCCUGCCCAGGCCCUCCUGCAGCUCCUGGCACUGCUGGCCGGCGUGGCCAUGAUGCUGCUCAUCGCCCACUACGAGUAGGAAAUCAUCCCAAAAAUCGCCC